UUUGCUCUUGUCAGUGGUGCAGAGGGUUUACGAUGGCCGCUUCCUUGGAACAGUGUCUUAAGAGGCUUUUCUUCUUUAUAUUGACAUGCCCCCUCUUUGUUAUAGCCUUUUUGAACUUGGACGAGCUAAAUGAAAUGAAAUAUGGGAUUCAAAUUCUUCCUGACCCCGUAAUGUUGGGGCAGACUAAGACAGAGGAGGUCAUGAUGGUAUCCAACAAGUACAAGCAGCUCUAUGAAUGUCGACUUCCAGCUCAGGCAGUCCGAUUUCACCAGGAUCCUGCUUCCGAACCCGACUCGCAGGGCUACACUGGACCAGACAUCCCUGACCUUCUCAAGCCAAUGCACAAAGCCCCCUGUCUUAUAAAGACAAAGGAUUGGUGGACAUAUGAAUUUUGUCACGGACAACAUAUUAGACAAUAUCACCUUGAAGACUCUGAAAUUAAAGGGGACAUUCUUUUUCUGGGACACUAUGAGUCUGAAUUUGAUUGGAGCAAUGAAACAGCAAAGGCCUCUAAACAGCACAAGCUGAAGCGGUACCACAGCCAGGCUUACGUUAACGGAUCCAAGUGUGACCUAAAUGGAAAUCCUCGGGAGACUGAAGUCAGGUUUGUUUGUGAAGAAGGCUCGAGUGACUACAUCGCCCGAGUGGACGAGCCACAAUCAUGCCGCUAUGUUUUGACUGUUCACACCAGUCGCACCUGCCAACAUCCCUUUCUGCGGCCGCCGUCCUCCUCCAAGCCGCAGGGUAUUGUGUGUCAGCCUGCUCUGAGUGCACAGCAGUACAUGGAUUAUGUGAAAGCUCAAGUCUCGGACACAAAGCGUAAAGUGGAGCAAAUCUCAGAGGAGCUCAAGAGCCUUGAUGAGAUGUUGGCUGGUAAUGAAGUUGCAGAUGGAACAGUGGAAGUAACAGCAGAGGAGACCACAUCUCCCACUAUCAACAACCCAGACACAUCAGUUGGACAGGCGGAUGUGUAUGAAGAGGCAGCGUCUGAAGACGUGGGCGAUGCAGAAUUUUGGGAUGGUGUAACAAAACCGGAAAAAUCGACAGCUUCUCAACAAGAGAAUGAGGUGGUGGAUGAUGACUAUAACUCUCCAGCAGACAACGAAGCCGAAGAAGAAAGAUUCAACUUUAAAAUCAUCACUGACCCAGCAGAUCUGAUUAAGUUUGUUCAACAUCUUAAGGAGAGUAACAGGAAGAAAGCUGAAAACCUGGCGAGAAGUAGAGAAGAGAAACCAACGGGGGACACGCAUCCAGGGAAGCUCAGAGGAGAGGAGAAAGACGAAGAUGAACGGUUACUAGAGGAAUUUGAGGAGGAGAUGGCUGACGUCUCUGUGCCUUCUGAGAAGAUCGAAGAGAUAAAAGAGGAAAUGCAGAAGGAGUUCGAUAACAUCAUUGAUGAGGCCCAGCAAGAACUUGAAACAGAGGGUCUAAAGGGGGAGUUCGAUCGCACUCAGGCAACACAGGCUCUUGAGACGACAUUGGAUAAGUUGCUGGAUCAUCUGGAGGAGAAAGAUGUUCAAGAUUCAGAACAGCAGAAGGUCCAAAGAGCCAGUGACCCGAGCCGAGGCAGCCCCAGCCUGGCUCCUAAGCAGCCAGACCAAGCAGCUGACGACCACGUUAAGAUCAAAAUUACUAAGUAUAAGACGGGCAGCAGCCCUGAUGGUGAGGUCAAAGUUCAGGAGAUGGGCGAAGGAGACCCCCAAUGGCAGCACAUAAAGGACGUGGUUAAAGAGCAGCUAGAGAAAGCAGGACUAAAGGCUGAAGGUAAAAUUGAGGUGAAGAUUCUGACGCGAAAAAAUGCGGAGGAGGCAGGGGAUCAGUGGCUGACUGAAGAAGAUACAAAGUCCUUCAGGGAGCUGCUCAUGAGUCUCCUGACUGGAGGCACGGAGGAGGUUUAUAAGGAGCAAAAAAGGCAGCAAGAGCUGGAAAACAACUACAGGUUUGUGUGGGGAGAAAGACAGGAGGAUACCCAGUCACCCAGCUCAUCGGACUCAGACGAUGUGGACAUUUGAGCUCACAAUGAACAAUCACCGACCUUGUUGUGAUGAACUCCUAUGGAGGCCAGCAAUUGGUGGGACUAGUUAAAAUACAAAGCCUUGUUAAUCUGGUUGAACCUGUAAGUGAUGUCCAACACAGCUGUUUGCACAUUCAGAAAAGGAUUUCACAUGAAGUGGAAAGGCAAUAAGUUGGUGUCUGUAAAAGGCAGCGUCCAGAUGUUGCACAGUGAAAGUACGUUUUAGCUGUAUUUACACAGUUAAAUGAAGUUAUGCAUUUUCCCAUUUUUUGAUGGGAUUGAGUUUAUAAAGGUUGACAAACUCAGCUGAACUCAACAUUUCCAUCGAAUUCUGAAGCUGCAAACAGUUAUGCGCUCUUUAUGCUGCCAUUCCCUCCACUGUUCAUACCUGUUAUAUCAGAAAACCGUUUGUUUGCCUGAAUAUUUGCCAUGCUAAAAAGUAUACAACAUCAACAAGCAACAUUAAAAACCUGAUUUGUAUUGUUCAUCAAAA